GUCUGGACAUUCCACGCAUGUCAGACCCAAAGGACAAGGGCAGCUGAGGGGCCAUGAGCUGGGCGAGACAGGCAGCUGUGCUCCGGGUGUGACAGGCUCAGAUACUGCUCUGCUCUCGAGGCAGAAGUGGAAAAUUCGCAUCCAGUGGGCAGCAGUGGGGGAGAGAAGUCAAUUCUCCUUCUGGCCCAGGGAACCAGGCUCCAGGGAACGCACAGUAGUUCAGUGCCACGAAGCUUCACCUGCUCAGCCAGGACCAUGUCUGGACACCAGGGCAGUAGCUCCAACACCUACAGCCAUUUGGGCCGUCCCAACAUUGAGUCCUUUAAGGGCCGGACUCCAGCCUGGUCCCACUAUCCCAACCUGAGCGGGGCUAACAGCUUCAAGCGCCCCCGCACCCCCAGUGGUUUGGAGUACAGCAGCUACAACAGCCCUUCAGAGAAACCCUACAACCUCUGCUCCCCGAAACUUCCAGUGAGGAGGAUCUGCAUGGGCAGACCCUACAACUCCAAGUGUGUGGAGACAAGUCACCUGAUGAACUACUCCAGGGAGGUCAGAAAACCUGCUGGCCAUAGCCUGCCCUGUACAGAUCGUCCCUCAGUCACCCCCAACCCCACCUUCCUGGACCAAAUCAUCAAAGGCAUCAACUACCUCGACAGAUCCACCAACGCCUUCUGCACCAAAUCGUCACUGAGCCUACCAAGGCUCGCAGCCAACUACCUGGAGCAAGCCGCCAACUCCAUCUGCCUGGACCAGCAGGACCACCCCUACCCCCCCAGUUAUUCUCACACCAGCACCAGCACAGCUGCCUCCCACACCUCCCAGCACAGCACCUGCAUGGUGCAGUCCACCAGGAACGGCAGUGCUUUGCAGGGCAUGGAUGACGCCACCAACAUGAGCAGCCCGCUCCGACUCUACAGCCGGAACCUCACUCCCCAGCUGCCACAGAGGCCGGGGAUAAAGUUGCCUGAGCUCCCCUUGUUUGGCAAUGGGAUCUUUUCCUUAGGUCGCCUCCCCAAGUUCUGGGAAGCAAUCCGCUCGGGCUGGAGAGCUCCUGAGCUCACCUCCAAACCCUGUAACUGGUGGUGAUAUCAACACCAGCCAUAAGAUGGGCACAUGUGCAUCAGGCUGCAGUUGCGGAAAAUAAAUUGUGGUGAAAUGCUUGCUCCAAGGCUCCAUUGGGGGAACAGUCGCUUAG